AAUUCUUUGCAAUUUGCACGACCAUGUUUAACACAGAUGUUUAAGUUUACAAAGUUGUAAAUAUUUUUUUUCAUGUUUAAUCGUAUGAAUUGAUAUUUAACUAAUGAAUUAACAUUUUUUUAUUAUACUUCUGAUAUUCGAAUUUUUAUUAUACCAAAGUUAUAAUGGAUAAUGACAGAGAAGAUGGGGAAAUGAGUGAUGAAAAUGAAAUGGACGUAGAUGUAGCGAAGGAAGAUAUUAAAACUCUUCCUGUCGAUGGAAGUACUUUGCUUUAUAAGGCAGACAAAACUGGACCAAUUGUAAAACAUUUAAAUAAAGUCGACGCAUUAAAACUUGAGGAGAGGGCUCAGCGCUUUGGACUGAAUUUAAGUGGGAAUCGGGUCGUUACCCAAAAACAAAUUGAUGAUCUCUACGCUAAUGUUGGUAUUGAAGGAAAUGAAAGACAUUUUAGACUGGAUGCAUUGCACCUAACUGGUAUUGAUGGAUUAACAACGAAAGAUGUGUUCGAGUAUCUGGAAGAUUAUAAACCAGUAUCAUUAGAGUGGAUUGACGAAACAUCAUGUAAUAUAGUGUGUCAGGACCAUAUUGCAGCAGCAUUAGCUUUACUUGUUCAUUCACGUGAAAUCACUGAUGAGGAUUUAAAAAAUGUAUUAUCAGAGAGGUCGUCAUAUCAUUGGCGAGAAGGCAUGCCUCAUCCUAAGAAAGAUGUUAUUUUGAUGAGAUUUGCUACAAACGGUGAUAAAAAAAUUGGGAAAAAAAUAAGGGAGUCUACAAAUGUAGAUUCUAAUGAAAAGAAUCCCUGGGGUGAGCUUUGUAAAUCUUGGGGAGUUUAUGAUCACCAAGAAAUAUUUCAACGUAAGUUGCCUGAAUUUCAUGGCAGAAGUGACGAUGAAGAAGUUGAAGUUAAGCCUAGAAAAUUUAUUAAACCAAGAAACAAGAAUCUUGCAAUGCGAUUGGGUAAAAGGUCUCAGAAAAUACAAAAUGCGGAAGAAUCCAGCGACUCUGAUUCUGAAUGGAAUAAAAAAUCGAAAGUGCCCAGAAUGAGAAUGAGGGCUGAUGAUGAAGAAAGUAAAAGGAAAAGUCGUAUCAAGGUUGAAUCAAAUAGUUUAAGUGACAAAGAUGAGUAUGCUCCAUUAUCAAUUGAAGUUAUAAACUCUCAAAGUGCCCCAAUGCCAAAUAGAUCUUCAUCAAAAUUGAUAUCAGAGAAGUUCAAGAAACAUGAAAGUGUACAUUCUAGUAAAAAUAUACAAUCUCGUCUUGGUGUUAAAGUUGUUCCACAAGAUGACAGGUCUUUCAGUGAUAGCUGUUCAGAUGAUUCUGAUUACAAUACAAUGAGUAGAGUACAAAAAGUUAAUGUUCGAAAUACAAAGACUUCAAGUGUCUGGUCAAGGUUAGAAGCCAACCCCGGGUUAUCAAAUGAUAAAACAGAUUUGAGACAAAUUUUAAAGACAAGAAAGCAUAAAAAAUCUGACCCGAGAGAUGACCUAAGAGAAAGACUUGGUAAAACUAAAACAAAUUUAAGAAUUGAAAUAGACAAUAAUUAUGCAGACUAAUAAAUAAAUAAUAUUUUUUAUUAAUGA